AUGGCCCCCAAUAGCAGACAGAAAUGUCUCAUGGGAUUGAGAGCUUUCCACAAGUUGGUGAAGAACAGCGCGUACUACAGUCGCUUCCAGACCAAGUACAAGCGUAGAAGAUCCGGCAAGACCGACUACUAUGCCCGCAAGCGCCUGAUCACCCAGGCCAAGAACAAGUACGGUGCCCCCAAGUACCGUCUUGUGGUCCGCUUCACCAACCGGGACAUCAUCAUGCAAAUCGUCACCUCUGAGCUCACCGGCGACAAGGUCUUCGUCGCCGCCUACGCUCACGAGCUCCCCGCCUACGGCAUCACCCACGGCCUCACCAACUGGGCCGCCGCCUACGCCACCGGUCUCCUGAUCGCCCGCCGUGCCCUCUCCAAGCUCGGCCUCGACAAGACCUUCACUGGUGUUGAGGAGGCCGAUGGUGAGUACACCCUCACCGAGGCCGCCGAGACCGACGACGGCGAGCGCCGCCCCUUCAAGGCCAACCUCGACGUCGGUCUCCACCGCACCUCCACCGGUGCCCGUGUCUUCGGCGCCAUGAAGGGUGCCUCUGACGGUGGCAUUCUCGUUCCCCACUCCGAGAAGCGCUUCCCCGGUUACGACAUCGAGUCCAAGGAGCUCGACGCCGAGACCCUCAAGAACUACAUCUUCGGCCAGCACGUCGCCGAGUACAUGGAGACCCUCGCCGACGACGACGAGGAGCGCUACAAGUCCCAGUUCCAGCAGUACAUUGACGACGACGUCGAGGCUGACGGUCUCGAGGAGCUCUACACCGAGGCCCACGCCGCCAUCCGUGAGGACCCCUGGAAGAAGGAGGAGUCCGGAAACAAGAAGACCAAGGAGGAGUGGAAGGCCGAGUCCAAGAAGUACAAGACCAAGCGCCUCACAAAGGAGGAGAAGGAGCAGAAGGUCAAGGAGCGCAUCGCUGCGUACCGUGCCGAGUAA